UGAAACCCUGCAUUGAAUGCUCAUUUGUGAAAGCGGGGCGCUAGCCGAAUAGCGUCUAGUAAAAAUGUUUAUUUAUUUAUUUGCUAUUGCGUUAUUUUUGCUUUUUACACAUGUGGUGUUUAACUAUAAUGUGAGAGCACGGGCGUUGAGGAAAAUACCAGGAAUGAAAGACCAAUUUAUAGUCGGAAAUGCAUUAGAACUUCUGCUUUCACCAGUGGAGCUUUUUAAGCUACCAAGAAAAUACGCACAAAAAUAUGAAAAAAUAUACAGAUUUUGGUCGUUUCCUUUUGCAGCUGUUAUGAUUUACGAACCAAGUGAUAUUGAGAAAGUGUUAUCCAGCACAAAACAUAAUAACAAAGGUCCGCUGUACAUGAUUUUGAAACCAUGGCUGCAAGAUGGACUUCUUUUGAGUAACGGUGCAAAAUGGCAGCAACGCCGAAAGAUUCUGACGCCUGCCUUCCACUUCAACAUCCUGAAGCAGUUCAGCGUGACCCUGGAUGAGAACAGCCAGCGAAUGGCCAAGUCACUGGAGAAGCUGGAUGGGAACAAAGUCGACGUGGUGCCACUCAUCUCGGAGUUCACCCUGAAUUCUAUAUGCGAAACAUCAAUGGGUACUUACCUCUCUGACGAAACUUCUUCAGUAGCAAUGAAGUACAAAGAAGCAAUAUACGAACUCGGAAAGAUGUUCGUUGAGAGAUUCACCAAAGUGAUUUACCUGAUAGAUUUCUUUUUCUCUCUGUCCACGAUUGGGAGAAGACAGCAAAAACACUUGAACACUGUGCACACAUUUACCAAGAGGAUUAUACAAGAUCGGAGACAUUAUGUAGAAGAAUUCGGAAUCGAUAUCAAUGAACAUAAUAUUGACCAAGAGGAAACUUUCUAUACCAAAAAGAAGACGGCUAUGUUAGACCUUUUGAUAUCGGCUCAAAAGAAAGGAUUAAUUGAUAAUACUGGUGUGCAAGAAGAAGUGGACACAUUUAUGUUCGAGGGUCACGACACUACUGCUGCAGCUUUAGCAUUUGCUUUGAUGUCAAUCGCCAACGACAGCAAAAUUCAGGGCAAAAUAUUUGUUGAACUUGACGGAAUAUUUGGUGGGUCUGAUAGACCGACCUCUAUGGACGACUUUUCAAAGAUGCAUUACUUGGAGUGCUGUAUUAAAGAGACUCUACGACUCUACCCGCCAGUGCACUUCAUGGCUAGGCGAUUAGGAGAAACCGUCCAGUUAGAUAAUUACACCGUAGACGAAGGAACUAUGUGCGUAGUGCUCAUCUACGACAUGCAACGACGAGAGGAUUUGUACAAGGAUCCACUGAAAUUUGAUCCUGAGCGCUUCUUCCCUGAAAAUAGUCAGAAGCGCCAUCCGUACGCGUAUAUACCGUUUAGUGCUGGCCCUAGAAACUGUAUAGGUCAAAAGUUUGCUAUGAUAGAAAUGAAAGCAGCAUUAGCAGCUGUUCUACGGAAAUUCCGACUGGAGCCCGUGACCGGCCACUCGGACAUAGAGAUCACAGCCGACGUUGUUCUGAGGACCUCCCAUCCGAUAUACGUCAAAUUCAUCAAGAGAGGUAGGAUGACCGAUUACAGCUGCCACACCGAUGUACCGAGUUUUAGUGUUCAGUUGAACGCAUUUUGCCGUUCUGCACGGACAGUUUGUGUAAAAAUGAUAGUAUAUCUGCUUAUUGCAGUAAUUAUUGUGUUGUGUUUCGCCGAACUCUACUUGAACCACAGUAAGCUAGCAAGAGAAUUGAAAAAAGUACCCGGACCGAAGAAUCAUUUCAUCCUGGGAAAUGGCUUAGAAAUCAUUGUAUCGCCAGUCGAGUUAUUUAAGUUGGGGAGAAAAUAUGCCAAUAAAUGGAACGGGAUCUACAGAAUUUGGGCGUAUCCUUUCGGUGCCGUGAAUAUUUAUAAUCCAGAAGACAUCGAGAUAGUGGUGUCGACUAUGAAACACAGCGACAAAAGCCCAAUAUACAAGCUGCUAAAGCCCUGGCUUCGCGACGGACUAUUAUUGAGUAGUGGUGCCAAAUGGCAACAACGAAGAAAAAUUUUAACACCAACGUUUCAUUUUAACAUCUUGCGGCAAUUCUACGUUACUCUGGAAGAGAAUAGCCGUCGUUUAGUAAAUAAGUUGGACGCAACGUUGGGAGAGCCUGUCAACGUCACGCCGCUACUCUCCGAAUAUACGCUGAAUUCCAUUUGCGAAACUGCCAUGGGAACACAAUUAAGUGGAGAAACUUCCAAAUCCGCGAAAUCUUACAAAGAGGCUAUUUACAAACUUGGAAAUUACCUAGUGGAAAGAUUCGUCAGGAUUUACUUAUAUUACGAUUGUUUAUUCGCUUUUUCUACGCUUGGGAAAAAACAGAAGAAUGCUUUGGAAACGAUACAUCGUUUCACAGAUAAAGUCAUUCGUGAUAGAAAAGAAAAUUUUGUUGAACAAAACACAGAGACCGAAGACGGCGACGCACAUUUAUAUGUGCACAGAAAAAAGAAAAGGACAGCAAUGUUGGAUCUGUUGAUAACGGCCGAGAAAGAAGGACUGAUCGAUGAGUUGGGCAUAAAAGAAGAAGUUGACACAUUUAUGUUCGAAGGACAUGAUACUACAGCAGUGGGGCUAACGUUUUUCCUAAUGUUGUUAGCAAAUAACAAAGAAGCACAGGACAAAAUAGUGGCAGAGUUGAACGAAAUAUUUGAUGACUCGAACAGACCAGUGAAAGUUGAAGAUUUGCCUAAGAUGCGCUACCUGGAAUGCUGCGUCAAGGAAUCUCUACGGCUCUACCCACCGGUUCAUUUUAUAAGUCGUACAAUAAGUGAAACUGUGGUGCUAAGUAAUUACACCGUACCAGCUGGUUCGUUGUGCCAUAUACACAUAUACGACUUGCACCGUCGCGAGGACCUGUUCAAAGACGCAUUGAAAUUCGACCCUGACCGGUUUUUACCGGAAAAUUGCAUAGGACGGCAUCCUUAUGCGUAUAUACCUUUCAGCGCGGGCCCUCGCAACUGCAUAGGUCAGAAAUUCGCGCUGAUGGAGAUGAAAUGUGUCGUUUCCACGCUUUUGCGUAAUUAUGUCCUGCUGCCCGUGACGCGACCUUCGGACAUCGAGAUUGCUGCCGACAUUGUCAUGAGAAAUAAUGGGCCCAUAAAUGUCAAGUUCGAGAGAAGGUUCAAAUGAUAAUAUAGAACAAAAUGUACCGUAUUAAUUAAUAUUAAGUUUAAUAUAUUAUUACGUUAAAUAAUUCGUUCUUUUUCUGAAUUAUGGAAAUACAACAUUAUCUUACAGAA